CCAAGUCAAUUCCGCAGUUGAGAUCCAAACACCAAUCCAUCGCCGCCGCAAAAAUGCCGCCGGCCGCCCUCCUCCUCCUUCUCCACCACCUCCUCCUUGCCUCCGCCGCCCCGAUCUCCGGCCUCGACUCCUUCCUCUCCCUCCAAGCCCGCAAAGAUCCCCCCGCCUCCAACGACUCCUUCGUCUCCCUCCCCUCCUCCAUCAAAACCUCCCUCUCCCACCCCCUCCCCACCCACCCCCCCACCCCUUCCUCCCUCCUCUCCCUCUCCCUUCCCGUCCCUGUCUCCGUCCACCUCGUCGGCCCCACCUUCACCACCUCCGCCCCCUCCCUCCUCGCCUCCUUCCUCUCCUCCGCCCUCACCUCCGAUCUCUUCCACGUCAUCACCCCCUUCGACUCCUCCUCCCACCACCUCUCCCUCUCCCACUCCCUCCACCUCACCCCCGCCCUCUCCCCUCCCUCCCUCUCCACCUCCAUCUCCUCCGCCCUCUCCGCCCACCUCUCCUCCCACCCCCACCCCAUCCGCUCCUCCCUCACCCCCGUGCCCUACUCCCUCGUCGAUCAGAUCAUCCGCGACGAUUUCGACAAUGAGAAACACGCCAAUUCCUUCCACAUCUACAUCAUCCACCUCGGUUCGCAGCAGACCAAACCCUACGCUUACAGUUAUACCCCCGGCGAGAGCUCCCCCGGCUCAACCAAAUGCCUCGGCACAAUCUGGACCGGAAAAGAACGCUAUUUAUGGAUCGAUUUGGGUGCUGGACCGGUCGAUUACGGUCCUGCCUUGUCCGGCGACGGAGUUAUCCCCAAAGGCGAGUUUCAUCCGAUGGCGGCGCUCCACGGCCGGCCUAAAUCGCAGAAGGCGCUGCUCUCUGACUUGGCAUCGCUUGUGUCGAGUGCGUAUCAGGUACUGUUAGUUCCAUCUCUGAGGAUUCCUGUGCCUUUUGAAAGUAAAUUGGUUGUUCAAUUCAUUCACAUCAAUGACGGUAAAGGUGGUGGUAGUGUGGGAUUGGAUUGGAAUUCGAUUGAGAGGAAUUUCAGAGAUGAUGUUAGUGACCGUGGAUUGUUGGUUGGGGAUCAGAGCUUGAGUUUCAAGAGAUAUGAAUUGAAGUAUUCAGAGUGCUCUAUUUGUUCGUUUGCGAUUACUAGGGCUACCACUUCAUACACGUCUAGAUACUUGUUUGAUAACUAUACUUUGAUUGUGAGUGAGUAUUUGGAUUCAAAGCGUUUGCAUCAGACGAUUUUGGAAUCUAAUAAUGAGUUUAGGAGGGUGGGUGGGGUUCCUGAGGAGGAAUUCGGGAGAAUUCUUCCUGUGUAUGUCUUUGAUCUUGAUAUCAAUGCGAUACUGUUGCUCGACCGGUAUCACCAGUCCGUGGCAUUUAAGGACAUGGUGAUAGCGAUCAGGACGAAGAGCACGCAGGCUGUGAGUGACUACAGCUGCAAUGGGCAUCACGUGUUCAUACAGACUCGUGAGCUUGAGAGGCCAUUGGUGGGCUCGAUCUUGCAGAGUAUGUGGGGCGUUUCUCCAACUCAUAUGGUAUGGAGCCCGAGGCACAACAGCUCGCUCAUGGACUAUACGUGGAGCGUUGGACAGACCCCGUUUGGGCCGUUCUCGGAGAUGCCCUCAUUGUCUUUUAUCCAGAAGGAUGCUGCCCGUAGGAAUGUGUUCCUUACUUCAUUGAACUACAGCAUCACAAGUGGGAUUGAUGUUCUUGAGUCGAUUGUUGCACAUGGCGGGGAGAGGAAGCUUCUGGGGCAUAACCGGCGGACUGAGUUCUACCAGAGGUGGAACUUGUUUAGGUACAAGCUGGAGAAGUCAAUCUCUGCUCUUUCGCAUUUUGACUACGAGAUGGCACUGUACUACCUGAGGUCAUCUGAUCACGACCUGUAUGGGAUGAACUCGCUCGUGUACCAAGCGUCCCAGGAGCUGGAGGCGUCACUUGUCUGCUUCAAGGAUCCACCUUUUCCAUGGGCGUCCUUUCUCAUGUCUGUUGGGAUUUGUGUUGCUUUGGUCUUUGCUUAUGCGAAAAGGGACAAGUUUUUUCAAAACAAGAGGAAACAGUUUUAAGGUUUUGCAAAUGUUAGGCUUCUUAGCAUGUCUGGAUCAACACAUCUGUAUUUCAAGUGGAGAGGUGAUUGCAAUGUAUAAUUCACUUGUUCGAGGAAUGGAAUUUUGUUCAGCUUUA